CUUAGCUGGCUUCCUGGCCCAGUUUCUCGUUCAACCGUUGUUCUUUACAUUUGCAUAACCACUGCGCUCAUUUCUAUUUUUUAUUUCUCUUUCUAUUUCAUUGUUUUAACAGGUGGAGGGGUCACCUGUUCACAAUGCCACCGACGUUCCGGUCCUCGCGUUCUGGCCGUCAAUUCGGCGAGGGCGCCAACCGCACCAGAACCGGCCAGAUUGACCACGAUGUCUUCGAAGGCCUCCCCGUCCGACGAUGGACGCGCCAAUCCCAAACCGUCUCCCAAGUCCCCAAAACCGAAGGCUCGGAAUCACUGCUCCAGGGCAUCGAAGGAAAACAAUCUCUGCCGGAACACCCCAUGCCGAGAGACAGCCAUCUUUUGACCCCGAUGAGCAGGGCCCUCCUCCGUGCGGCUCGCGCUGGCUGUGUAUAUAUUCGCCAGGCCCCCAAGGAUGAGGAGGAUGAGGAGAAGGAAGUGGUGGAAUUGGAAGAUCAGCCAGCGCUGUCUACGAUGGAGCGCAGCUUUGUGACUCGCAAAUGGGCGGCCAUUCCGAAACAUCUGGAGUCGUCGGAGGUGGAAUUCCUUGCUAAGCGACGACCGGGCUUGCCGUCCUUGUACGGUGCCGCUACGUCUUCUACGGACGGAAGCAAUAACCCUCCCGUGCCUAUGAGAAGGACGAGAUUCAAGAAGGUUGAUCCCACAACGGGGAAUAUCUCGGUCUACGAGGCUUGGGUGCCGGAAGGCCAUCGAAUCGAAGGGGAGAUCACAGAUGACACGCAAUUAGUACCCGAGAAAAGUGAAGCGACAGUGACGCCUGAGGCACCAGCGCCGGGAACCGUCAUUGACGGCGUCGGGGUAGUCAACGGUGAAGGCGUGGUGGUCGCGGAGGCCGGCUCGGUAUCCGUGAUGACGCCUCCAAAGAGACGGCCGCCUCCGCCCAAGCGCAAGGCGAAGGGCUUCGGAAAAGGUAGAAGAAAGAAGGUCAUGUUCGCUCCUGGGGAUGGAGCCGACGCUUCGACAGUGCACGGCGCAGAGGGAGCCGGCGCAGAUACUGGUGACGCUGGUUACGGCAAGGAGGGAAGUGCUGAUACCCCGCGCAUGUCGAUGGACCAGAAUGGUCAAGACGACGAGGAGGAAGAGGGCGAUGAGGGCGAUGAAAGUGACGAGGGCGACGAGUCGCUGAUCGAACCGAAAACCCCAGAGACUCCCCUUCCGCAACCUAGCGCUGAACCGACGGCCUCAGCGCCUCCGCCGGCCGAGCCAACCUCUGUUCCUGCUACUGGAUUGGAACCAGCACCUGAGACGAAGCCGGAACCUGCAGCUGAGCCGUCAACUGUUUCAGAUGUGCCUCCGCAAGUCCCCGCGCCCUCCACUAAUGCCCCGACCCAUGAGCUGCCUCCGGCCGAGACACCUCUCACCUCUGAUGCGCCGGCUUCCACAUCCCCGGAGAAAGCGGCGCAAGAAGCUCAGACUUCGGAAGACGUUGAAAUGACCGACGAGAACCCUGAGCCGCCAGCCACCCUAGAGACCCCGGCACCGAUCGCGCAAGCCGCUCCUGAAGCACAACCAUCGCCAACUGCGGCAACAAAUGAUAAGUCAACUCCUCAAGAGGAGACUGCUUCCAUGAAACCCGAAGAGCAACAUGCAACUGCGGAGAAACAGCCGUCGCCAGCUGUGAAGGAAGAGAAAACUGCUAGCGAAGAGCCGGCAUCGAGUGGGCCAAAUGAAACGGCUCAGCCACAGCAGGAUGACUACAUGGCCAUGGAUACUACAGCCGAUGGGCCGCAGGCGCCACCACAGGAGGAACAGCCUAAGCCAGAGCCCUCUGCUGAGCUCUCCGAGGUCGCUCAGCAAGGGGACGGGGAGCGUGGGGAGAAUAAGCAGGAUGACAUCCUAGGAAGUCUCGAGGCAAGCCUGGAGGAUAGCAAUGCAGGAAACGAAGAUGAGCCGGCUGGUGCGCAACCAGAAGAGCAUAAGGGCUCAGAACCCGAGGCGUCAGCUGCACCAGCAAUUUCCGGGCCAGUCAAGGACGAGGCCAACAAAGAGAGCGGCGGAGAAUCCGACAACCUUCCAACGGAUGACAACGCCCCGCCACCUACAACAGAACAGCCCGAAGAUACAGCCAAUGAACCAACCACAGACCAAGCCAUGGAAGAGGCUCCUGCACUCCAAUCGGAGGAACAACCGUCUGUCGAGCACCCGACGGAGACUCUCUCACAUGAAUCCGCACAGCCUCCAACUGAGCCCACUCCUGCCGAGCCAACCCCGACUGAGCCGGCCCCAGUUGAACCCACUCCGGAGCCUCCCGUCGAAAAGGCAGAAGAGCAGUCCUCCGAAAACGUGAAGGAAUCAGAAACCCCGACCUCGGCCCCGGCUCCCGCUCCAGUCUCAGAAGAAGGAAAGCCGCUGGAAGCCACCGGCGCGCCAGAAAUUGCAGCGCCAGAAACCGCAGCGCCAUCAACGGAGACUCCGGCCCCAGAACCUGCCCCAGAAACAGCAGCAGCAGCAGACACACUCCCGACAACCUCCAACGAGGAAACAAAAGAGCCAUCUCCCAAGCCCGAGCAGCCAGCAGAAGAAACUGCUCCCCAACCCGCUCCUAGCGCAGAAGAACAAGCUCCUCCAACGGAAGAACAAGCGCCAGCACCAGCACCCGAACCACAACCAGAGGAGAGCGAGAGCCAGAACCAGCUCGAGAAGCAGAAUCAGCCAGACGAGACGACACAAGCCGACGCACAGCCGUCGAGCGAUCCCACCCCGCCUCCAGCUGAUCCUACGCCUGUCUCUGAACCUGAACCAGCAGGGGAAUCAGAAUCGCAGACAAAAGCAGAUGAGCCAAGUGAUGCACCCGCUCCUGAACCCGAAUCUUCUACUCCUGCUGCUGCUGCUCCUGCUGCUGCUGCUGCUCCUGCAGCACCGGCCCCUACCACUGAAGCCACACCCCAACCCACAAUCCCAAUCCCCGAACCUCUCAAUCCUACCCCAGCGGAAACCGAAAAGAAAGAACAAGAGGGUGAAGAGAAAAAGGAACCUAAAGCCUCGGAACCGACUCCUCCGGCGCCUGAGACUGAGACUGAGACUGGGACUGGGACCGAUGCGGCUUAAGUUGGCCUUGCAUUUCUAAUAUUAUCCUAACCUUCUCUCUCUCACACACACACAUUUUCAUAACGUGUCGGAACCAUUCAAGAGUGUGUUCUUUCUUCUUUCCUUGUACGGCGUUCAAAUCAGGGUCUCGGAGUGGGAUUGGAGUUGGAGUUGGAGUCAGGGUGGAAUUCAAGGAUCUGUUAGCUAGCUAGCCAGGCAGCCAGGCAGCCAGCUCUGUCCUUAUUACCUAGUUGGUUACUUGACUUGUCUAUAC